AUGUGGGCCAAUCAGGCGUUGCAAAAAAUUGGGUGCGCGCCUGCUGCUGGAGCUAAGAAGCAAAAGAAGAAGUGGUCGAAGGGCAAGGUCAAGGAUAAGGCCCAACACGCCGUCAUUCUCGACAAGAGCACCGCCGAUAAGCUCUACAAGGAUGUCCAGUCUUACCGCCUCGUUACCGUCGCCGUUCUCGUCGACCGCAUGAAGAUCAACGGCUCGCUCGCUCGCAAGUGCAUCAGUGACCUUGAGGAGAAGGGCAUGAUCAAGCCUGUCACCACACACAGCAAGAUGAAGAUCUACACCCGUGCCAUUGCUGCUUAA